CAAGACAUUUCGCAAAAUUAACGUAACUUCCGUUAUUAUUUACUUGCCUUGUGUUUGUUAGCAAGUUGCCUAGUGAUGUAUUUACCAAAUAACUGGAAAAUAUGUGAUUCAUCCUAAUGUCGACGUUUUUUUUUUAUUACUGCAGAAGUGGAGAUCAGCUUGAAUUGUUGAGGUUUCAGUUUGUGUCAAUUAUUACGGAGAUCUCAUAGCACACGGAGCAAGGAGGCAUCAUGGCAAGCACUGCUAAUGCGAACAACAUGAAUGCUGUCCGAGAAACGAUGGAUGUGUUGCUGGAGAUCUCGCGGCUUCUGAACACAGGGCUAGACAUGGAGUCUCUGUCUAUCUGUGUACGACUAUGUGAACAAGGAAUCAACCCAGAGGCUUUGUCGUCCGUCAUCAAGGAGCUACGCAAGGCCUCAGAGUCACUAAAGGUUUCUGAAAACUCUACCAAUUGAAGAUGAGAACACAACUCAACACAACCUCUGCUGAUUAUUCUUUCACACCGUCAAGGUUCAUAAUAUUGCCAAAUAGUGUACCAGCUUUGCAGUACGUCCGUUCUCCUGACUGGUGCCUGAACAUUCAAUGUCUCAUUCAAACCUGUGUGAACAUUCAACUGACAGUUUUUCAUGUUCAUAUCGUUUCUGUCAUAAUCUUUGUUGCUGCCUGUCGACAUUAAAGAAUGCAAAGUCUUCCUCUUCCAGCCCUGAUAUCCAAUGUUUCAGUAGCCCAGCCUCUCUCAGACCCAAACACCCCUCUCAUCUUACCAGUCAGCACAUAUUGUGCAACAAUGGGUUGUUUUCAAUUUGUUUUUGGAUGAGAAAAAAUCGGCCAAUAUUUCUUUGCAAAUUGUGUGUGUAUAUAUUUUAAAUUAAUUUAACAUCAGAAAAUUAACAUUUCAUUUCGAUUUCAGGCAUGCCCUAAAAAGUUUUGAAAUGUAAAGGUUUGUCAACUAUGAAUAGGAAAUUCAAUAAAUAAAAGCAGUUGCAUUUUA